AUGUGCCACGGGGGUCGCACGAACCACUUUUUCACAGACUCCGAGAGUUGUUUCAUGGGCGAUGACAUGCGCCUUUACCAGUGCUUUUGCCCCAUUGCUACGUGCACACAAACUGCAGUAGGACCCGCGUGUCGUCUCACCACAUCAUUUCUUACCUUUUGCGGGCUUCUGCUGCUAUUUUGGUUUCUUGUAGCGGCAGCUUAUGUGUACAUCACAGGAUUAAUGUCAGAGCACCAACGGCACCAUUUGCCGGAGAGUUACAGCGCACUGCCCGGUGGCUAUUACUAUGAGAAACUUUUUGGGGAUGGUACGGAUAGUAACCAAAAUACUGCCGUGCCUGUGGCUGACGCAGAAAAGUCGGUGAGUUUGAUUCCAAACCGCAGAGUUGAGAGGUGA